AUGGCAGAAUUAUCACCAGACGAGAUUGCUACGGUAGAGAUAUACCCUUUAAGGAACUCACUCGAUCGGGUGCGUGGCUUUCUCCAAGGAGCUGCUGAGCAGUCUCAUGGUGGCGCUGCUGAUGGCCCUGAUCAAACCUACCAAAAGGCAAUAUCAAAAGCCCUGAUUGCUUUGAUGGAUGCAAAAGCGGCUUAUAACCUUCGUCCGCCGAUAAGCAGCCAUGAUCAUUACCGACCAAUUGUCCAACUCAUCAUCCAGAAAGCACCUGACACUGAUAUCUGGAAGGCCGUCUACAACCUCAUCACCACUGUCACACAUGCUGAAAAAUCCACACCUCCACCUAGGCAAUCUUUACCAAUCUUACAAACCCCGCGCUCGCGAAACACCAGCAGCCUUGCCAACUCGUCGGAGCUCCAAGGAGAUAUUGACCGUGUCCUGAGGGAGGAGCUUUUGGAAGAUCUCCAUGCAGACGUCCCUGGCUUUUAUGCAGCUUACUUUGAUGACAUCGAAGGUCUCGUCUCGACCGCGCAGGCUAUGUUUGAGAACUACAAGACUAGCGAUAGCCCUCUCUACCGCGAAAAUGGAUGGAAGGAUUGGCCUGACCAUGCGGACGAAAAAACUCCCGCUCAACCAGUAGCCGGAUCUACUGCAAAGCGAAAGCUCGAUAUAGGCUUUGUGGAUGACCCUCAUGCCAUGCUGGACAAGAGAUACGAGUGGUCGCAGAUCCUGUAUGACAUCCCUUCUGAGGCGCGGCUCGACCUGGCAAGGUUCACCCUGUGUGGACCACUCCUGUGUGUUUGGGAAUUUGACUGUUGCGGCGGGAUUGGUUCAGCGGAGACAGACAUCAACCAGGAUGGCCUUCAGUUCAUCACAGUGAUCCUGGGGUUCCUCUUCAUGAACCGACGGCAGCUCGGCUUCGACCCGACUGUUGUCACAGUGGAUGGUCAACGCUGCAUCGAGAUUGAGCGUGAUGGCAAGAAGGAGCAUCUGGUGAUUGAUGGGGUGAUCCUGCGGGCACAUUGUGUCGUGGGCCGAGCCACCACCUGCUGGAAAGCGCAUCGCCAAGGGGACGAGCGGAUCCUGGUGGUCAAAGACUCCUGGCAGUACCUGGAGCGCGAUGAGGAAGGGGAACUGCUGCGCGAAGCAAUGGAGAGUGGAGUCACGAAUGUUGCUCGAUAUUACUUUCACGAAACUGUCCAGGUGGACGGCAAGGACGAUGAUGUGCGGACCAUUCGAAAGGGUCUAGAGGCCCCGAAACCCAAGCAAGGUAGCUUGCAGGUGGCCCUAAGAAGGAGUGCAUCCAAUAGAGGCCAUGCCAGCCAAAGCAGCGGCAUCGGGCGGAAACGAUCUUCCGAUUGCGUCGAUACGGUGUUUCCCCCUCCCCCCAGCAAGCGCACCCAGUCCACCUCGCCAAUGAAGCGUCCCGCGGGCAGUCCACCGAAUCGAGUGCAUCGUCGUGUCAUUGUUCAAGACUACGGGAAGCCUAUCUACGAAAGCAGUUCAAGAGUGGCUCUACUGGUCGGAAUGGAAGGCUGCAUUGUAGGGUACGAAUCCCUGUACUCCAGGGCCCGGUUGAUCCAGAGUGAUAUCUCACCACGAAAUCUUUUGAUCAAUGAGAAUGAGGACAACCCUUCGUGGCGAUCCUUCCUGAUCGAUCUCGACCUUGCCAUCCGAACAAAACGCGAUGGGUUCUUAGGAGCGCGAGGCAAAACUGGCACCAGAGCAUUCAUGGCAAUCGGUGUCCUGAUUGGGGAGGAGCAUUCAUUCAUGCAUGACCUUGAGUCCUUUUUCUGGGUACUCUUCUGGAUCUGCAUUCACUACGAAGCGCCGGGGAAAGGGAGGAAGGUGAAGGAUUUUGAAAAGUGGAAUUAUAUGAGUACAAGAGAACUGGGUGGUGCCAAAAUCGGAGCUAUAGCUGAUGAAGAGGUAUUCCUUACAAUCAUGGAUGACUACUUCACUCCAUAUUACCAGCCAUUGUCGUGUUGGGUCAACAGGCUACGACGGAUUGUAUUUCCAAACAAUGGACGAUGGAAGAGAACAAAUUCAAAAUUGGGCUCAGAAAUGAGGAAAAUACUUCAAGAUGCACAACGCGACCUAAAGGUCAUAGGUUAGGAUAUACGGCCAAUUUUACUUCAUC